AUGCGAUAAUCCACCUGCAUUUAAAGUAUGUCAUAACAUUGUCAACCCUCCCAUUUCUUUACUUUCACAUUUCGCGAAAUGCCCGAUAAACCCUUUAAAACUUACGCGCCCUUCGGUGUGGCGACCAAACGGUUCGCCAAGAUCGGGUUCCAUCCCAGUCUGGAUAAAUCGGGGGCGAUGACCCGGGAAAGUUCAAAAUUGGGACCGGGCAGUUACAACCCCAAACAGAUGGAGUGCAAAUGUAAAACCGGAAUGAGUUGGGCCCAUAAAAAGGAGCUGGAAGAGUAUUCGAAGUUUUUGGGGUUCAGGAACGCGAACAUCCUGCACGAGCGGCAAUUUUACAGAUCCAUGAAUGGUCCGGGAACCAGUGACGUCCAAGGGGGUCUUUUUAAGAGGCAAUCGGGUUUACAGAUGGAGAACAAGGGUUUUGGAUCGGAUAAGCGGAUUAAGGAGAAUAUUUAUGGACGGGAGGCUCCGCCACCAGAUACCUACUUCCGUAAACUAAACGACAAAUUCGAACCGUCAAAGAAAUCCUUCUCGAAAACGCCCACUUUUGAAUACGACGGGCUCCAAGACCGAUUUAAAUCCACUGCAAAAUCCUACCAUCUACCCCCGAACUUGUAUGAGCUACAUGACAUGAAAAACACCGCUGAUAUUGUUAAAAGAGUGGUUUCCGCCAGGUUUUCGAACAUCCCUAGAGGCCCUUACGAAUGUUUCACCGGCCCCAGAGAUGGCAGCACCAUAAAGAACUACUUUAGCCCGCCCAAAAGUGGCGCUCCCGAAUACUUUUACGUGAAACCGAGUGAUUUGACCCGUUUGCUAACUCACCCCAGUAAACAUCGGUAUGGCCUCUUCCUUAGGGGUCAAAGGUUUCAAAAGAAACCUACGGUGAGGCAUAUGCUGAACGAUAUCAGUUUGUGCUAUCGUAACCCGCAGGAUCCUGGACCUGCCCAUUACAAUUUAACCAAUAACAGCAUCAAUAAACUUCCCCCUGCAAAAUACCCUUUUGAUUCUUCGAACGUACAUGCCCGACCUCCCGUCGAUUGGCGCAUUUUACCCGGACCUGGCAGAUACAACCCUAAAGCGCCCAGAUGCAUGAAAGUCAAAAGACCUUCUUGGGUGUUUUUAAGUAAAGCCGAUCGGGCCUUAUUCAAAACCGAAAGUUACAGUUUAUAUAUUUAAGGGUAGACAAAUAUAUAACGAUCACAAUAA